GACAUGAACUAUAGAUUUCAGUUACUGGCAGUGAAUUUCGGAACGCAGCCUGUGUAUCUGAUGUACAUACGACGAUACAUAUUCAGGUUGCAUUCCAAAACGUUCUUUUUGUACGUUCGUGCAUUCGGAGCACGUGUUCUUAAUUUCAUAUUUACAAGAAAAGUAGAAAAAAACUGAACUAUUUACAAUGGCUCUAUAUAAUUUCAAGAAAAUUACCGUUGUCCCUACUGCUAAGGAAUUUAUCGAUAUAAUCUUAUCGAAGACACAACGUAAAACACCAACAGUUAUUCAUAGGCAGUAUAAGAUCACAAGAAUACGUACGUUUUAUACACGGAAAGUUAAGUUUACUCAGCAAAACUUCCACGACAGAUUGUCCCACAUAAUACAAGAAUUUCCCAAGUUAGAUGAUGUUCAUCCAUUUUAUGCUGAUUUGAUGAAUGUUUUAUAUGAUAAGGAUCAUUAUAAGCUGGCUCUUGGGCAAAUAAAUACUGCUAGACAUUUAAUUGAUAAUGUAGCAAAAGAUUAUGUCCGACUAUUGAAGUAUGGAGAUUCUCUGUACCGAUGCAAACAAUUAAAAAAAGCUGCAUUAGGUCGAAUGGCUACAAUUAUGAAAAGGCAAGCAGCUAAUUUAACAUAUUUGGAACAAGUCCGUCAGCACUUAUCUCGAUUGCCAAGUAUAGAUCCUUAUACACGUACAAUAAUUAUAUGUGGAUUCCCAAAUGUCGGCAAAAGCAGUUUCAUCAAUAAAAUUACUCGAGCUGAUGUGGAAGUUCAACCAUAUGCCUUUACAACAAAAUCUUUGUAUGUAGGACAUACUGACUAUAAAUAUUUGAGAUGGCAAGUGAUAGAUACACCUGGAAUAUUAGAUCAUCCCCUAGAAGAAAGGAAUGUCAUAGAAAUGCAAGCAGUGACAGCUCUUGCUCACUUAAGAGCUGCUGUGCUUUAUUUCUAUGAUUUGUCAGAACAGUGUGGUCAUUCUUUGGAGGAACAGGUGAAGUUAUUUGAGUCCAUAAAACCUUUGUUCACGAAUAAACCACUGAUAAUAGUAAUGAAUAAAAUGGAUAUUAUACGUCUGGAAGAAUUAUCUCCAGAAAAAAGAAAUGUUCUGAAACCACUAGAAAAUGACAAGAAUGUUCCGGUGUUGGAAAUGAGUACUAUCACAGAUUUCGGUGUGAUGGAAGUAAAAACGGAAGCCUGCGAACGGCUUUUAGCUUACAGAGUCGAUCAAAAGAUCAAAACUAAGAAGGUAGAGGGACUGUUGAACAGAUUACAUGUUGCUCAACCAACAAAAAGAGAUAAUAAAGUUCGCGCUCCAUGUAUACCAGAGAGCGUAUUAAAGAAGAAACAAGCUACUGCUGAGAAAGCCGAGAGAAAACGGAAACUUGAAAGAGAAAUCGAGGAAGAAAUGGGAGACGAUUAUGUCCUCGAUCUGAAAAAGAAUUACGAUAUCGACGGUGAUCAGAAAUAUGACAUAAUUCCAGAAAUAUGGGAGGGUCAUAAUAUAGCGGAUUAUAUAGACCCAGAGAUAUUCGAAAAAUUAAAUCAAUUGGAACGAGAAGAGCAAUUGAGAGAAGAGGCCGGCAUGUAUGAUUAUAAGGUACCGGAAUUAUCUGAAACUAUGCGUGAGAUCAAACAACUAGCGAAACAGAUUCGUGAGAAAAAGGCCAUUAUGAAGGAUGAGGCACGCAUAUUGAAGGCCUCUACGAAACCUGUUAUGCCACGUACGUCUACAUCGAAAGUUCGUGAUCGAUCGGUUUCCAAGCUCAAAGAGCAGAUGGAGGAGCUGGGUGUAGAUAUGGAAAACACUGAAAACGCGCACUUCAAGCGAACGAGAGGACGAUCCAGGUCGCUUUCGCAACCUGCUAAAAAACGUAUACGUUUGGAGUCUGUGUCCCAAUCGCGUGCUCGUAGCAGUUCGAAACCAGCGCGAGAUGAGAUGGGUAUUAAAGAUCAAAUGAUGAAAUCGAAAUUAAGGAAGAUCAAUCAAAAGGCACAAAAGAAGAAAAUCGCGAAGAAGGGCCUUAAAGGCGAGGCUGAUCGAUUUAUUGGCACAAAGAUGCCUAAACAUCUUUUCUCAGGCAAAAGAAAACUUGGGAAAACGGACAGAAGAUAAAUAUUAUUUUUCUUGUAACAAAAUAUAUAAAUUUAUAUUGUAUAAAGUUAUGAUUCAUAACUUUUAAUUAUACUUCAUCAUGUGCAUCUUAUUUGUUUGAUGCUUUUCUGUGUUUUGCAUUAUUUUUUCAAUUUACAAGCAAAAAUCGAAGUAAAUACACAACUGUAAGAAAAUUACUAAUGGCCAAAUAUAUGAACGUUAAACAAU